AUGUCAUUAUUAAAUUCAAUCAAAAAUAUUUUAUAUUCAAAAAGUAAUUUAUCAAAUUAUAAUAAAAACAAUAAUAUAAUAUUCAAUAGUUUUAUAGAUAUUCAAAAUUCAAAUAUUAUAACUGUAAAGAACCCAUAUACAAAUAUUGACAAAUACUAUGGAUAUAGUGCUCAAUCAGUUUAA